CAAAUGACUGUCUCUAGCAGGAAAAUCAGGUCCGGGUUCUACUACCUAAGAGAAGUAGGACGCAAGGUGAAGGUACACUCACUUCCUUAUCGCCGUUGUCUCUCUGCACGCUGGGCAUCAAAGACAGACCAACUUCAGGACACACAUGAAGCGGUUUAACAUCUUGAGAAUGGCCCUGUCAGGCUCGGAUUCGACCGCCCAGGGGGGGCACGAAGAGACGUACCUUUACCGAUCAGUCAGGAUAGGAGCCGUGGUUGCACUCUACUGGUUUAUUUCGAUAACAAUGGUGUUCCUUAACAACUAUCUGCUAGACAACAAAGAGUUGGAGGCGCCGUUGUUUAUCACGUUUUACCAGUGCUUGGUGUCGGUUGGCCUGUGCUGCCUCAUGCAGCUGCUAUCCACUUUUUGCCCGUGGCUCAUCGACUUCCCGGCCGUCAGCUUCGACUUAAAGACGUCCCGGGAGGUACUUCCUCUGUCCGUGGUCUUCACCUGCAUGAUCACCUUCAACAACCUGUGUCUAAAACAUGUGGGAGUGGCUUUUUACACGGUCGGCCGGUCCCUCACCACAGUGUUCAAUGUGUUAUUCACGUAUAUCAUCCUGAAACAAACCACAUCUCUCCGAUCCGUCAUGUGCUGCGGGGUCAUAUUGGGUGGUUUCUGGCUUGGUGUAGAUCAGGAAGGCGUGGCGGGGUCCCUUUCCUGGAUUGGUGUCUUUUUUGGUGUCCUUGCCAGUGCUUUUGUUUCUCUCAAUGCCAUUUACACCAAGAAGGUGAUGCCAGCAGUGGAUGGAAACAUCUGGAAACUUACCUAUUAUAACAACAUCAAUGCCUGUGUCCUCUUCCUGCCACUCAUGCUUGUGUUCGGAGAGUUUGGUCAUAUCCUCAGCUUUAACCGCCUCACAGACCUGAGGUUUUGGGGUGUAAUGACAGUUGGAGGAGUGUUUGGUUUCGCCAUCGGCUAUGUGACUGGUCUUCAGAUCAAGUUCACUAGUCCGCUCUCACACAAUGUCUCAGGGACAGCAAAAGCCUGUGCACAGACUGUUAUUGCAGUGAUGUACUACGCUUCAAGUAAAAGCAUGCUGUGGUGGACCAGUAACAUGAUGGUCCUCGGUGGCUCGUCAGCCUACACUUGGGUCAGAAGUCUUGAAAUGAAGGACACUCCCCGCAAAGAACCCCAGGACUCUGACAAGGAAAAACUGCUUCCAGGGGAGAAAGAGAGCGCAGGAGUGUAACCAAAGCCUGACAAUCCAUUUUGUUUUUGUCCAUUAUGGCAAAAGAAUAUGAAAGAAUGUAAAAUGAAGUUUUGUGUUUUGGUUUAUUAGUUUUGUGGGGGGUUUAUACACUAAGUUAUGGUGAAGGAAUAUGUACAAAAUAUAUUAAAGCUUCAUAUAAUUUGAAGUCUGAUAUUAUUUAAAUGAAAAAAAUUAUGUGACUUGUGGUUUAGGCUACAACUAAAAGAAUAAAGAAGAAGCACUGUAUGGAAAAGUUUCCAUAGCAACAUCAUUCUGAUAAUUAUAUUUUAUUAUACUGACUGUCAAACAUGAAAAAUGUGCCUUUUGGCUUGGAGCUUUUUAACUAAAAUGUGAAUAAAUAAUAGCUUGUUUUGGACAAGCACUCAAAUGUU